AUGCACCUACUUUAUGCAUUCCUUGCUUUGCUCUCUUUUAGCGAUGGCUUCGAUCUCAACUGUCCUGCAAGGUGCAGCUGUGACUCUGUGCCAUCGGUGCAAUGCUACAGGCUCAUGGAGGUGCCCUCGGGCCUCCCCUCCACCACCAAGAAGCUGUACAUCAGCCACAGCAAAAUUCAACAUCUUCAGCUAUCUAACUUCACCAAGAAGUUGGCUCUAGAAGACUUUAUUCUUCUGGCCAGUGGAACAGAAUCGGUAGAAAAUGAUACUUUCAAAACUCUGAGGACCUUGAAGACCUUGGAACUCUGGAAGAAUAAGCUCAGGCGAGUCCCGAGGGCUCUCCCAGCCAGUCUCGAAGUGUUAAAACUAAAUGAUAAUUCAAUCUAUGUCCUACACAGAUCUGAUUUUGAAGGGCUGGAGAAAUUAAAAACCCUUGAACUUAAAAACAAUCUGAUCUCUUCUCUCUCUCCCAACAUGCUCUCCUCCCUUGGCAGUCUGCAGAGUUUGAUGUUGGAUGGCAAUCAUAUCGAGUCUGUAGCUGGACCACUGGCACUGCCCCAUCUGAAACAUAUGAGUUUGGAGAACAAUAAACUACAUCUUAUACCACCUAGCUUCUUCACUUCUCUUCAGUCUUUGCAGUUUCUCAGUUUCAGUGGUAACUUUCUCACUAAAAUUCCCAUUAAUCUGCCCAGAUCCUUGCUCUCUUUAAAGAUGGAGAGAAACCAGCUCAAAGUGGUAAGGUUUCGAGAUAUGAAACACUUGGAGAACCUAUCGCAUCUUUACCUGUCAGAAAACUCACUCUCUUCCAUCGAAGGGGCACAGCUCCUUGCCAACUUAACCACUCUUGAAUUGUCCCAAAACCAGCUUCAAAUGUUGCCCCUCAGACUACCAGCAAGGCUACAAAAGCUUGAUAUUAGCAAUAAUCUGAUUCAGAGAGUUACAGUGCGAGACUUCCAGGACCUCCAAGACUUGAAGCAUUUGUUUCUGGACAACAACUUUGUCAGCUCUUUUGAAGCUGGAGCCCUGCAGAGGUGCUCCCAGCUCUCCAACCUGGCGCUGGAGCAGAACCUGCUGCUGUCCAUACCUCUAAGGCUCCCCAGGACAUUAGCCAGGCUGGACCUAAAAGGCAACGCCAUCCAGGAUAUUGCUGAGAGGGAGCUCAAGGAUCUAAAGCAGCUUCAGGUUCUAAACCUUAGGAACAACAAGAUCUCCGCCUUGAACUUCAAAGCUUUGGAGGGGCUGCCUCGCCUCCGGCACCUGUAUCUAGACGGAAAUCCGUGGAACUGCACCUGCAGUCUCCUAAGAGUGAGGGAGGUCCUGAAGGCCAAGGGGACAGAUGUGAGGGGAGGACAGUGCGCAGCACCAGCCGAAAGACAGGGGGAGAGCUGGAUGUCUUCCAAGAAGAUCACGAGGCAAUGUGAGCAACACCUACACCUGACCGAGAGGAGCAAAGAGGCCAAAAACAAGUCAAAACCUGAAGAGCACUCCAGCAUCAGAAUCAACCCAGAGGAUGACGAUUACGAUUAUGAAAUCGAUUAA